AGAAACAUUUCGAAUUUUUAAGAACAAAAACUGUCAAAAAAAGUGGUAAUGUGUAUCUUUAACUUUGAUUCGGUGUCAAGUUCAAAGUUUGAUUUGAUGAUAAUCUGACGGAAGUGUCCCUUCUUGAACAGAUGUUGACUACUGUUUAUAAUGGGUUGAAGUAAGAAGCAUUUCGCAGAAUUUUAAGAAAUAGUUCCUCACAAAUUAGACUGGAUUCAUAAGAAAUACUAAGGAUAUUUUUCUCCAGAUUCAAAUUGAUCUCUAGUUCUUCUACCCUGACAAAAUGAAUUUUCAUAUGCAUGUGAUUUUCCUUAUUUCGCUUUUUAUCAUUGGAGAAUGUCGCCAACGUCCAGAUGAAGUGGUGACCACGAAUUGCAGGAGUCAAGAGGAUGUAGAAGAAUAUCUGGACAGAGUCAUGGAAAAGGUUCGAGAUGACCUCCCCGAACCCCUAAGACUUCCACCAAGGUCUACUGUAGUUGAAUUAAGUGAUGGAAAUGUUUGGGGAUUGUCGAAUGUUACCAGGUUUGGUAGCACAGAAGUCAGAUGUGAAGGAUACACAAUUAGCAUUUCAGCGAAAAUUACAACAGAUGAAGUAAAAGGACGUUACACCUGGACUAAGGCCGUCCGAGGCAGAGAAAGAGAAGGCUAUGUAGUUUUCAUCUCGAAAGACUUCGAAGCCGAAAUUGAGUUGUUGAUGGACUACGGGGCAGAAGAACAGGAUCUGUACCCCCGAUUGGAACGAUUUCGAAUCAAUCGAUUCAAGAACGCCAAAGUGGAGAUGACCGGAUACGGGUACUUCACCUGGGCCUUGGGAGAGAUGACCACUCUGAUGUCGGGAAUAUUCCAAAGGGCUAUCGCACACUCUAUCCAAGGACCCUUAACUGAAGCACUUCAAAUGCAUUUGAGGGAAAUUCGAUUGGAAUGAUCAAUGAAUGUGUUGUGCAGAAUCUCUGUUUUAUGUGAGGGACGUUAAUAAAUUAUUUAU